UUCUUGAAGUGUUGAACUUAUGACAUCUAGGAAAAUUUUUUCUAGUAAUAGGCUUGACAUGGGAUGGAAACAUGGUAUAGAUAUUGAUAAGAAUUUUAGAAAAGUUCAGUGUAAGUAUUGUCAAAAAAUUAUCAGUGGAGGUAUUUUUCGUUUUAAACAGCAUUUGGCUUGCACUCGUAAGGAUGUUGAACCAUGUCAACAAGUACCAGAAAAUGUUAAGCAGAUGAUUUUAGGUGUUUUGGUGAAAAAUCUAGAAGCAACUAAAAAGAAAAGAAAGGCCCAUCAAUAUAGUGUAAAUGAUGAUGAUGAUGAUGAUGAAAUAAAAGAAAUUAGCUCCAAGGACAAAGGAAAGAGAGUAGCUAGUGGGAGUGGAAGUACACAAACAACUCUAAAUCAAUUGCUAAAAAAAGAUAUUAGAGAAGAAGCAUGUCGACAAAUUGCAAGGUUUUUUUACACUAGUGCAAUUCCAUUUAAUUGUGUAAAAAACCCUGAGUUUCUUAAAGCACUUGAAUUGGUUGCAAAGCAUGGGCCAGGUUUCAAGCCUCCAUCCUACCAUGAUAUUAGAGAGAAGUAUUUGAAGCAAGAAGUUGACCAAACAAUGAAUUUGCUUGAGGAUUAUAAGCUAGAAUGGAAAAAAAUUGGUUGUUCAAUAAUGUCUGAUGGAUGGACAGAUAAAAAAAGACGUUGUAUUUGUAAUUUUUUGGUUAAUAGUCCUAAAGGGACAGUUUUUUUGUCAUCGGUGGAUACUUCUAAUAUGUCCAAAACUGCUGAUAAGGUAUUUGAGAUGUUAGAUGCCAUUGUGGAAAGGAUUGGGGAGGAAAACGUUGUCCAAGUAGUCACCGAUAAUGCUGCAAAUUAUAAGGCAGCGGGACAAUUAUUGAUGGAAAAAAGAAAGAGUUUGUUUUGGACACCAUGUGCUGCCCAUUGUAUUGACUUGAUAUUAGAGGAUUUUGAGAAAAAGUUAGAGAUUCAUCAAGUAACUAUUGCUAAGGGGAGGAGAAUCACUUCAUAUAUUUAUUCAAGAACUAUUCUUAUUUCCAUGCUAAGACACUUUACGAAAGGAAGGGAUUUGAUUAGGCCUGCUGCCACACGGUUUGCUACUGCAUAUUUAACUUUGGGAUGUUUGAAUGAUCAUAAAAUACAGUUGAUGACUAUGUUUACUUCCAAUCAGUGGAGUUCAUGUAGGUUUGCAAGAAUAGAAGAAGGGAAACGAAUUCAAAAUUGUGUUUUGGACAGCAGGUUUUGGCAUGAUGUUACUAUAUGUAUUAAGGCAGCGUAUCCUCUAAUUAAAGUUCUUCGAUUAGUUGAUUCUGAUAAGAAACCAGCUAUGGGUUUUAUAUAUAAAGCAAUGGAUGAAGCAAAAGAGAAGAUACAAGUGAAUUUUGGUUCUGUGAAGAAAAGGUAUAUAUCUUGCUAAUUUCUAUUUUAAAUG